GCAAGCGUCAGGGCUCAAUGAUCCUCUCUCCCUCUCUGUUUCUCGCGAAGAAGAAGCAAAGUAAGGAGAAAUGGGUGAAAAGAAGAAGAUCAUGCUGGCAAUCGACGAGAGCGAUGUCAGCCACUACGCUCUUGAAUGGGCUCUCAGCUUUCUAAAGCCUACCAUCUCCUCUCCUCUCCUCCUUUUCCACGCUCAGCCUCUCCCCAGUUUCAGCUACGUUUAUGCUGGUUAUGGAGCGGCACCAACUGAAUUGAUUCAAUCCGUCCAAGAACAUCAAACGAAGAUUACAGAAGCCCUCCUGGAACGAGCAAAAGAGAUAUGUGCAAGGGAGGGGGUUGUUGCUGAGACAUUGACAGAAUUAGGAGAUCCUAAGGAUGUCAUAUGUGCAGCUGCUGAGAAAUUCGGUGUUGACCUUCUUGUUUUGGGUAGUCGUGGCCUUAGCACUUUACAAAGGACUUUCCUGGGAAGUGUCAGCAAUUACUGUGUGCAUCAUGCAAACUGCCCUGUCCUUGUUGUGAAGAAACCAGCAUAAAUCAAUUGAACUCACCUGUCAUGGUUGUUUCGCAGUAUGGUUUGUGUUUUUCAUGGUAUGCUGUCAUCAUGUGCUGAACCUUGAAACUGCCAGAACAGCAGCUCCUUUACAAUAGAUGGAAUUGUUCAUUUCAUCCUUUCAUCUUGUUAUCUGAGUCUAUUGUAGUGAUUUACCUUGAUCAGACCUUCAAACGAUAUCUGUAGUUUUUAAUGCCAGAAGUUGAGGGCAGUUGGUCAGCA